UAUGACGCCACCAAUCCUCGUUUUGCAUUGUGGGGCGGUAGUAGUAGCAUUCUCUAGGGCCAACCGUGACGGGGCAAAAAGUGAAGUCGCUUGAGUGUGUGAGGGUCAGAACAUAGCAUCUCCGGGGUGUGACUGAGUGGGGACUCGGAGCGACAUGGUGGGCGUGAAGGUGAUCGCGGGGGAUGCGGAGUUCCAGCCCGAGUUGAGCGGGGCCGGCUCCAGACUGAGUGUGGUGAAGUUCACAAUGAGAGGGUGUGCGCCGUGUGUAAGGAUAGCGCCUGUCUUCACUACACUGAGUAAUAAGUACCCACAAGCAGUCUUUCUGGAAGUUGAUGUGCAUCAGUGCCAAGGAACAGCCGCUGCCAAUAAUAUUUCUGCGACACCCACAUUUUUAUUCUUUAGGAAUAAAGUAAAGAUUGAUCAGUACCAAGGAGCAGAUGCUUCUGGCUUAGAGGAAAAAAUUAAACAACAUUUAGAAAAUGAUCCUGGGAAUAACGAAGAUACUGAUAUACCAAAAGGCUAUAUGGAUUUAAUGCCGUUUGUAAACAAAUCUGGUUUUGAAUGUCUUAAUGAAAGUGAUGACAAUGGGUUUGAAAAUUGUUUACGGAAGGACCCUACAUACCUCGAAUCGGACUGCGACGAACAGCUCCUGAUGACUUUAGCUUUUAACCAACCCGUUAAGUUAUACUCCAUGAAGCUUCAAGGACCAGAUAAUGGCCAAGGCCCAAAAUAUGUAAAAAUCUUCAUAAACCUCCCUCGAUCAAUUGAUUUUGAUGAAGCAAUGAGGAGUGAACCUACACAAGCCCUUGAACUGUCACCUGAUGAUAUAAAAGAGGACAGCAUAAUACAGCUACGCUAUGUUAAAUUUCAGAACGUCAACAGUGUAACACUAUUUGUCCAGUCCAAUCAGGGUGAUAUGGAAGCAACAAAAAUCACAUACUUCACUUUCAUUGGGACCCCAGUACAAGCCACAAAUAUGAGUGACUUCAAAAGAGUUGUAGGCAAAAAAGGAGAAAGUCACUGAACAUCUGCAGACAUACUGGAUGAGUUCCUUGCAUUGAGACCGGUUCUUCAACAUGCAGGAAAAGCUCUUAAUACAACAACUUUAAUGUUUCCUUCAGUGAAAUUAACAAUAAAUCAUCCAUUUUUUUUGUUAAUCUGCAUUUCAGAACUGUGAUUUUAUUUGAAUCUGGCCACACGCAUUUGUAAAUAAAUAAAUAAAACUUCUUUUGGCAA